AUGUCUUGGUGGAGCUCCACGCCUUCUAUUGACGAGCAGGUCGAAAAGGCCACGUCAGAGUCACUGCCGUCGGGCGAGUCCGAUCUUGCGCUCAAUCUGGAAAUCUGCGACCUGAUUCGGUCCAAAACCGUGCCUGCAAAGGACGCCAUGCGGUCGCUCAAGCGACGGCUGCUCAACCGCAACCCCAACGUCCAGCUGGCGGCGCUGCAGCUCACGGACGUGUGCAUCAAGAACGGCGGCUCGCAUUUCCUCGUCGAAAUCGCCUCCCGCGAGUUUGUCGACCCCCUGAUGGCGAUUGCUCGAAACGACGACGCAAACCCCGAGGUGCGACAACGGGUGCUCCAGCUGCUCCAGCAGUGGGCGGUGGCGUUUGCGGGCCAACUGCAGCUGCAACAGGUGGAAAACGCAGUGACACAGCUUAAAUCCGAGGGAGUAUCCUUCCCCUCAGCCUCCCACGAUAACGCCGCAGUCACCUCCACCUUCAUCGACACAAAAGCACCGCCCGAGUGGAUAGACAGUGACGUCUGCAUGGAGAGUGGCGUGGCAUUUUCGUUCCUCAACAGAAAACACCACUGCAGAAACUGUGGAGGCGUCUUCACCCAAGCCUGUUGCCAAAACUACAUCACUCUGCCCCAUUUCGGCAUCAACGUGCCCGUCCGAGUCUGCAAUGGCUGCUUCAAAAACCUCAAGAAAGGCAAAUCAGACGCUCCUAUCCACAAGCCUGUUCCAGGAGCCACUACCACAGCCCCCAGUUCUGCCCCCCCAGCAAACUCAGCACCCAACGACGACGAAGACGACAUUCAAAAGGCCAUCAGACUGUCACUACAGGAACAGGAGUCCUACAAACCCCCUCCUCCUGCAGCAGCAACCUCCAACGACGAUGAUGAAGACAUGAAGGCUGCCAUUGCAGCUUCCCUUAGAGACAUGGAAAACGAGCGACAGACUGGACAGACCUCUGCAUCUGCCGGUGGCUUGUCUUCAGCUUCCACUACAGUCAUGGCUCCUUCCCUCACAGAUCUAACAGCCACAGAAGAGUCUAACAUCAAUCUGCUGUCUCUGCUUGUUGAACGCCUCAAGGGAGAACCCCAGGGAACGAUUCUGCGGGAACCCAAGAUCCAGGAGUUGUAUGACACCGUCGGCAACCUGCGACCCAAGCUUGCCCGAACCAUGGGCGAAACCAUCUCCAAGUACGACUCGUUGGUGGAUAUGCAUGCUAAAAUGACCACCGUGAUUCGGUAUUACGACGCGCUGUUGGAGGAGAAGCUCAACCAGGCUUACACUAAUAGACAGUCGGGAGGAUACGCACCACAACCUCACUUAUCCCACCAGAUGACGGGACAGCCGCCUCACUUGGCCCCUCAUCUGACUGGCCAGAUUACUGGGCAACCCCAUAUGGGUUACCAGCACACCGGACAAGCUCCCUAUCUGACCGGCCAGGUCACUGGACAGGCGCCAUAUCUCUCUAACCAACCCACUGGCCAUCUCACAAACCACUACACUGGGUCGGCACCCUCUGCUCCUCAAUAUGGGGGUCCACCAGCACAAAACGUCUACAACGCACCCAGUUACCAGUACUCCGGUGCCCCCGAAUACGACUAUGCAUCUUCUCCCAGUGCCCCUAGUGCCCCUGGAGGUCCUAGUGCGCCCAGUGCUCCCGCCCAGCCGAAGGAGGAGUCUGCCCCUCUCAUUGAAUUGUAG